CUCAAAAGUUAAAGUUCACGUUAAAUCAGGUUCGUCAAAGUAUCAACGUGAUUUGUCUUCAAAAGAUUCUCUUCAUGAUAAUUACCUAAUUAUCCUCCAUUCAUUGACUUUCAAAGGAUUAAUUUUAAGGGGUUCCGAGGACAUCCAGGUUGUUGGAGACGCGUCGGUAUCCUUAACGCGUCAAAUAAAAUUACUACUAUCACGACUACCUUCAGUCAAAGUCAUCUAAUAUAUGGAUCGUAUUAGAUGAUGGGUCUAUCACAGUCGCAUCCUUGGUAGGCUCAAGGACGAGUAUCAAAGCGGCAGGGGCGGUACGAGCACAUCGACUUAGAUUUUAACGGUGUGCGCCCCAGCGGCAGCCACGGUGGCGCAAUGACGAGAGAUCAUAUUGACUUGACCGCCGUCGUGUCUGACUCUGAAGAAUCAAAUGCCUUGGAUGAUUCUUCUAGAAGAAGCACGCAGUCACAAUCUCAGCCAGGUUCACGUAUCCGGAAACCUGAUAGCCCUCAACGGUCUUCAGAUCAGCGAGCAGCAUCUUUGCAAAAAGACUCUACUUCUAUCCGCGCGGCAACACCGCCGAGACAAAUAAAAGGUUCUGCAUCAAAGCCUGUCGGUCAGGAUGCGAAGAUGGCCUCCCUACCAGUUAGAUCGUCUGGUAGCUCUAGAAAUGCUCCAGAUACAACUCCCCCGUCAUCUCAUCAUCACACAUCCUCCAUCCAUCGGACACCCAAACACCACACCCCAAGGAAGCUUGAGUGGAAUAUCGACAAGGUUGAAGAAACUCUACGGAAUUUUUCAGAAGAGAUCGGUACAGACGGGGCUAAGCUCACUGCCCGCUUAAUUCACAUGGCCUGGAAGAAGGAAGCUCCUGUGCAACAGUUCACUAGUAAGAAAGAUUGGUUCGCCGAUAUGAAGCGGACCCCGGUCGAAGCCUCUAGCAAGUCAUCAGAUACGAUGAGAAUUAAAACAAAGCAAGUAGGCCAAGGUAGAUCCGGAAAGCAGGAAAAACGUGAACAUCAUCACGUCAUCUGCAUCAAGACUAACGUCGAUAUGGUCCCUUCCUACAGCUUCCAUCAUGUCGAAAUAAAGAAGAAUAUCCUCUCCCCCAAUACUAUGUUAACCUAUGUUCCUCAUCUGAGGGACCUCGCAGAUAAUGAGGAGGGUGUUUACCGCCGUUGGCUUGAAAACCUAGAGAACAUGGACAAGACUUCUGGGUUUGCUACGCUCAGCAGACAUCAAAAGGUGACCAAAACUAUUAAAAAGGAGCGUGCCACUACUCUACUUCUGUACCUUGAUUCGUGGCUAGACAGGCUUGCCAUUGAGAAUUGUACUAAGACUACACUCAUUCGGUAUAUGGUGAAUCAGGGCGAUAAUGUCACCCCUCAGCAGAAGUCGAGCAUUUUGAACUCAUAUACUGACGAGCCCGGAUCCCCACGAUCAGCUAAAGCAGUAAGGAUUUUUACAGAAGCAUUCGACCGAGUCUUCAACGAUCCAGCUCUGCGUGAACGAGCUGUACCUCUUCGCGACGUCCUCUUACUAGAUAAGUCGGUUGAUACCAUCGUCGAUUCUAAGAAAUGGAUGAAGGAAACUCCCAGCCAAUCUAAAGUCGCAGAAGAGCAGACGACAGUUGAAUCUUUCCUGGAGACAUAUGCACUACUCGGUUGCUUGGUAUGCACUAGUCAUUCAUGCGAGCAUGGAGAAUACGGCGUUGAUAAUGAGCGGAAACGCUUUUCUGUUGAGGUAGUCGGUGGUUUAUCGCCCAUGAUUCGGCAGCAGCUUACGCAGAAACCAAAAGAAAGGGGUGACGAUGGCCAUCCUACGCCUCGCAAGGCCAAAAAGCCUUGCGGUGAGGAUUGCUACUUGAAUGUACGACCGGGAACGCGAGCCAAAGCAUGGAACGACAACGAGAUAAUGCUCCUCAAAUCGUUCAUUUCAACAUUGAGCAAUACCAGCAUUCCUAUACAGUGUGCAACUGCUGUUGCUACUGGAAGACCUUGCUGGGAUGUGCAGCGCCAGCUCGAUAAAGUCGAACUGCCGAAGCCUACUACCGCCCCGUCCCCGGUACAGCCCAUUCAAGUUAAACCGUUGCCAUGGUAUGAUAGGAAAAAGAAGAUGCUCAUAGGAGACUGGCAAGAGCAUACCAACACUCACGAACAUCAGAGGAAGGACUUUUUCGAUCCAUGCAAUCACGAAGGACCAUGUACACACAAGAACUGUGGGUGUGUCCAGAACCACAUCAUGUGCGAACGCUUUUGUCGAUGCACGGCAUCAAUUUGUGCGAACAAGUUUACCGGCUGUGCCUGUCACUCUCACGGGAAGACAUGCAUCUCUAAGCAGAAAGACCGGCCAUGUAUCUGCGUACAGCUGAAUCGCGAAUGCGAUCCUGCCCUGUGUGGAAGCUGCGGUGCAUCCGAAAGGGCUCAUCCAGCGAACGCAGACAAUGAUGCCCUACAUGCCACAGGCUGUCAAAACUGCGCGCUGCAGCGAGGUAAGUCAAAGUCGCUUAUGCUUGGAAAAUCUAAGAUUGCCGGUUACGGGCUCUUUGCGACCGAGGAUAUCGCCCAGGACGAAUUUGUGAUCGAGUACGUUGGAGAACUUAUCAGUCAGGAUGAGGGUGUCCGUCGUGAAGCACGACGUGGAGAUGUGUUUGACGAAUCGUCUAAUUCAUCGUACCUCUUUACUCUAUUAGAGCAGGAGGGCAUUUGGGUAGAUGCCGCCAUAUACGGUAAUCUCAGCCGUUACAUUAAUCACCAGGAAACCAACUGCAAUGUUACACCCCGAAUUCUCUACGUAAACGGCGAAUAUCGCAUCAAAUUUACUUCCUUACGCGACAUUAAGGCUGGAGAGGAACUAUUCUUCCAUUACGGCGAGAAUUUCCCGAAUCUCACCAAGAAACUUUUGCAAGAAGAGAAGGCCGAGAAGAAGCGACGCAAAGCUAAAGAGCAAGCUCGAAAAACGGCGCAGGGUGGAGAAAAGGUGAGGAAGAAGCCCGGUCGCAAGCCGGGACGGAAGCCAGGACGAAAACCAGGUCGCAAACCGAAGAAGAAGACAUUCGCUACUGUGGAGUCGGAGCCGGAAGAUGACGACGACGUCCUCGAACCUUCAGAAGAACCGUUUCCCGAUAUUGAUAUCAAGCCGCGCAAGCGUAAGCGUGCUAUUCUUGACGACGAAGACUCGGAUGAGGGCGAGUACCGUCCUGGGUCUGAUUCUCAAGGUGGCGUAAUGGCUGACGCCGGCGACACAUCGCCAACUCGGAAACCGUCCCGGUUUAGAAAACGACUAGGAGCACCAAGAGCAAGGAAAGGCUUCCCAGCUACUUCGUCUAAGCGCCAAAAAGCAAAGGAGGCGUCGAACGACGACGACGACCCCGACAUCACACCGAAACGUCAGCGGAAGAAGCCGCGGCGGAUCCUUAACGAUGCCACACUCGACGAGAUCGACGAUGCCUUGGUGGUGGAGAGCAAACCUCCUGUAGUAACCACGCCUAAGAAGCGAGGUAGGAAGUCGAACAAGCAGAAGGAGCUAGAGGCCAGGCAACGCGCAGAACUCGAAGCACGCCAAGGGGACACGGUCGUCAUAGGAGGCGCACAGAUCGUCCCCCCUCCGGCUCUAGGCAGCGCCCCGGGGAGCGCCCAAGGCAGCAACCGUUACAAGCACACGGAAGCGCGGCUCGAGCUGGAAACGGACUCGGCGGCGGGCGAGGACACGCCGUCGCGCAUGCGCACACGCCGCCAGGCUAAAGACCAGGAGUCCAGCCCGCUCUCGACGCCCGACUCGCGGUUCGGAGACCCGGCGGCGGCGGCGGCCGACAUCUCUGACUCGGACGUGCGACCGAUCUCCAGGAGGGGACGCGCGAAGAAGGGCGCCAGCGGCGACGAUGAGUAUAACGGCAGCAGCUGGAACGAUAGCGACGGCGCCCGGCACCACGGCGGCGGUAUGAUAACCGACGAUGAUGACGAUAGCGAGGAGGAGGAUGAGGACGGCUUGCCGAUUGAUCGGUCGAGGAAUAGGAGGAAGCCCGCUCGGUACGAGGAUUAGUUGUUGGCUCACACUUCGAAGUUGGGGGCGUUCCGCUAGGUGGAUUCGAUCGAUUAAUUCCUUGCAUACACACCUGCCUACCACAGUACUUGAGAUAUCUGCUGCUAGUUAGGUACGUGGGUAGAUACCAGGUAGCCAGAUAUUGGGUUUUAGGGGUCCAGUGCUACAUUAAUUCAACAAUGUGUUUCUAUUACAACGACAAGGUUCAUAACUCUAGUCUACUAAGAGGGCAUUUGAGAUGUUAUAACUGUUUGUAAAGGAUCGAUGAGCACUUUUUUGUAGUCCCUUCGCAAUGAGGUAAAUCCCGCCGUUCCCUGUGCUGUGAAUAGAUAAGAUGUGGUAUAUAUAAACAGAAAAUUUGCGCCUCGCUCUCAUUAAACCCAAGAACUCAUUUCUUAAGUAAGUACCUAGGUAUUUAGCUUGAUUCGUCUCUCUAUCGACUAUGCUCCAAGAUGUAGGUAGUAUGCGAUGAAGAACCUGGGCGGGGGAAGGGGUUGUCUAUCGGUGAUUGGGUAGGUAUGUUUCGUAACUUGAGACCAGCAUCGACGGUAGUAACUACUACUGUAGGUACCUACUCAGACAUGAUAGCAAAGACACUUUGCUAUAAUUAGAUCCAAAGGUUUUCCAAUCCAUACUUAUAAAGGCUGUCUAAGACCUACCUUCGACAUGGCAAAGUGUAGGUACGCCGUACAGAAGAAACAGUUUCACUUCAGCAUAGUACUAUU